AGGACCGUGGCGGGGGUGUAGGUAAAGGAAUCAAGAGGGGGAGUGUCAGCGGUUUGUCAUCUUCCUCGUUGGUCCCAGUUUAGUCAUAGCUGUGGGUGCUUAUGUGCAGUAAUAAUCUGCAUAUAACAGUCACAGUCGACAACUUACUAGAACAAGCACAGGGCAAACUUUUCAUCGCGCUUUGGUAGACUGAAAGGCUGGAGCAUGUGGAUGUCCUGCUGUAGCUGGCACUGUGUGGAAAGCACCGCCACCGCCACAGUGGAAGAAAACGGCAACACGCGGCGCCAGGCCUACACAAACUCGGGGUACAGUCCGUCCCCAACUGCCCCCGAACCAUUGUGUAAGGCCUGUGGAGGACGUUUCAACACCAUAGCUAGGAAGCAUGUCUGCGUGGACUGCAAGAAGAACUUCUGCGGCCGCUGCUCGGUACAGCUGGACCCCCGCCCACGCCUGUGCCACACCUGCCAGCGUUUCCACGGCACCUUCUUUGACCGGACAGAGCUGAUGCGGCUGAAGGUGAAGGACCUGCGGGACUACCUGCACCUGCAUGAGGUGCCCACGCAGAUGUGCCGCGAGAAGGAGGAGCUGGUGGACCUGGUCCUGGGCCAGCAGACCCCCAGCAGCAGCGGCGGCAGCAGCGAGGCCACAUCCCGGCCUCACACGCCCCCGCCGUACGCGGCUCCCAGCCCCGCAGCCCCCUCCACGCCUCCCAACCUGUCUCCCGCAGACCCCGAAUUGGAGCCGCUCACUCAGGACAACCACCAGAGUCCGCCGGUGCCGGUGGACUCCAGCCAGGAGGAGGCACAUGACACUGAGGUGGACAUGGAGGUCCAGGGGGAACAGGAGUCCCAGUCCUCGGACACGGAGGAGACGGGGGCGCUGGGGCGCAGGGCCUCGCUGUCCAACCUGAGCGGGGUGGAGGACAUCGAGGCCCUCAGCGUGCGGCAGCUGAAGGAGAUCCUCGCCCGCAACUUUGUCAACUACAAGGGCUGCUGCGAGAAGUGGGAGCUGAUGGAGAGAGUCACCCGCCUCUACAACGAUCAGAAAGACCUGCACAACCUGGUUUCAAAAACUGGAAACAAAACAGACCCCCCUGGGGCCCCCCAGCUGGAGGAGAACCUGUGCAAGAUCUGCAUGGACCUGCCCAUCGACUGCGUGCUGCUGGAGUGCGGCCACAUGGUCACCUGCACCAAGUGCGGCAAGCGAAUGAGCGAGUGCCCCAUCUGCAGGCAGUACGUGGUGCGGGCCGUGCACGUCUUCCGGUCCUGAUGCGCGCGCACGUGCGCAUGGAGACCCGGGCGGGGGCACAAGCGUGGACUUUCCAGAGACGCCUCCCGUGUCCCUUCUGACUCUCACAUUAACACGCACACGCCAGAGCCUCGCUCAGUUCCAGGACUCUCUCAUCCCACCAACCACCCUGUGCUGGACCCCUGAUGGAAGUUUCUGACACCAUCAGGUGCUCUGUCCAUUCAUCCCUGCCAGAACAGUCAGUUUCUGACCCUGACUUUCACUAAAGAGCAGCUCACUCACUGCGUUUGCUCUCCUUAGUAAGCAGGCAAUAAACCAAGGAAUCUUAGCAGUGACAUUAUCACGUCUCGACAUCGAUACUGAAGUCUGUGUGACUUUGCUCUGUUACCCGGUAGCGAGGAGUGCAGUGAGACAGCCCUUGCUGCUGCUUGCCUGAGAGGGGGGGGUGAAAGUGAAUUAGGGUAUCGCAGACUCCCUGCAGUGGUAGCAACACCCGGAGGGCUCUGGAGACAGGGUCUGUAAGCCCUGUUUCAGCCCUUAAUGAAACAGCUUACAUUUCUGCUCUCUCGCAUUAACAGGAAGUGUGUAUGCAUCAUGGGAGAGGAGGGGAGGGGAGGGGAGGGGAGAGGAGAGGCAGUGCGUCCUGGAAAGUACAUGCACAAACUUGUAGAUGAACAAGCCGGUCUAUAAAUAGCACUGUAUGCAGCCACCAGCGCGGUGCUGACAGCUCCAUAAUGACCACUCAUACAGCAGGGCUCAUUGCACUGUUGCCGUCUUGUCCCACUGGGUUAAACCCUUUUGAAGAUUAGGGGCUUUCUCCAGGCUGCAGUGUACAUCCUGCACAGAUCCCAUGUGGCUAAUCUUUGUCCUGCAGGUGCAAAGGGCUUUGCUACGGCACAGCUGGGCACUGUUUAGCAGGAAGUUCUGCCGUAUUGGCUACAGUGUGGAGCAAAGUCUAAUAAUAAUUAUGUCAAUACCUUUGAGCCAGACUUGCCAGCAUACUCGUCUGGUACUCACCCGGUCCUCAUGCUCGUCGCUGUGUUAGAUGAGUAUCUUGCAAAACAACACUUAAUUACGUUUGAAAUACUAAUGCACUAAAGUCACUCAAACAUAUAAUAUGCAGUUAGAAUGCCGACAGACUGGAAAGCAUGCAAUGGAUUAAUCAGGGUUAACAUUGUCAGUGAUUUUCAAACGCGCUGGAUGUCCUGUUUAGCUGUUCCCACCUCGGUCGUCUUACCUCAUUUUUGUAUGUGUGGAACAAGAAGUCUGUGCUAAAUGCUUCCCUUCAAAUCCCUCAACAACCACUACCACUGCCCGCUAAGUAACUACACUGGAGCUCCACUGAAAGAGUCAAAUUCUACGCAGUAUGUUUCUGAGAGCAGAGAACCUGAAUUACACCUACGUGCUACGUGCACGAGUCUACGUGCUCAUUUUAAAACCAUUCUGCUGAUGAUGUCGUCUUAUUGCAGUAUUAUGUUGAUUCAAUUAUGAGAAUUUUGCUCUGUACAGAAAUGUGAAACCUGAGUAUUGGCGAAACAUACCCUUGAAUACGCUGUAAAGGAAGUGGACAAAAGUUAAUCAGCCACCCAAAUUAGCAAGGAUAGUGAUACAUUAUUCUAAAUUUGCAAAUGGUUUCAACUGUGCAGUGUGCUCAAGAACUAUAUUAUUUGGGUUGUAUCUUCGGUGAGAGAAAAAUGUAUGCUGUGUUUGCUUUUCUGCAUGCUUUCAAACUGAGGACAUAAGAUCAUUCAAAACCUGCAUCAUUCAGCUUUGUUUAAGGUGAAAGGUUAAAGCUCAGUUACAGAUGGUGUCUGUCCUUGUCUUAAGUUAUUUUGAGUUGUCUUAAGUAUUAUAAGUUCAGUGAAUGUUGUUCCAGGUAAAAUGUGUGUGGAUGGAGUAUAGCUUUUCUGUUUUUGAUGCAUGCGUGUCUGUUUCAUGGCAGAGACUGCCUCGGGGGCAUUCUCUCUCUCUGUCUUUGCGGAUCUUGUCCUAGAGCCUCUGUCUGACUGUAUUGAAUGUCUGAGUCACCAGCAACUAAAUGCAUUCCUAUGCCGUGACCGCAGAGGUACCAAAAGCCUUCUUUUUGUUCGACAGUUAAAUCCAUUCAAGUUGUGUGUCAUUAGCGAUUUUACCACUUAUCACUCUGGGGGUGAACACAUAAAGCAUGUCGUAUUAAUUCCUGAGUCAAAAGAAAUUUGGGUCAGUUCGCCAAAAUAACUCUGCAAGUGUACACAGUAACCGUCUGUACUGCGCACGUAGUACUGUCGGUGCUAUAAACAGCUCAUGGUUAUUUGGCUUUAAGGAUGCUUGCCCUUGUUCAUACCCUGCGUUCAGUGUUUAAAUACAUUGUGGUGUUCCGUAAAAACAAGUGCUUUUUGCUCAGGUGAGCCUGAAGCGCACGGCACAAUGCAUGGAGAAAGGCUUCUGUGUGGGCCGCAAGUGACUUCACCCUCAGAACACUGAAGCGGAAUGAAGUGCUGGCCAUCAGACAAACCUGGCUGUCUUUCAGUGGGGUCCCCCUCAUCUGAACCCUUGCCACGUGGAAGAGCUUGUCUGUCAAGUGGCCUUUGCAACACCAGCACUUUAAACCAAGCCAACACUCAGGAGUGAUCAAUAAUUCUUUCCAGUGCCGCUGUUGACAUUUUUAGCAGAUAUCAGAUAAGCCGCUGUUUUUAUGAAAGGACGUUUCAUUGUGUUUGUUUCCAAGAACAAAACACUUCAUGAAGGCCAGGUCCCGCUUCACAGCAAGUGGUGCCUGAGCGAAAUGCUUGGUAAGAACAGCUGUGAGAACAUGCCGCCAAGGAUUUGCACUGUCUUGGUUCUAAUGGCAGCAUUUGACUAAAUCCAUAAAUGAUGAUAUAUUGCCGUUUAGCUGUAUGAUUGCAAACUGGCAGAUUUGGUCAUUUGUCACAGACAUGUUUCUCAUUUCUUUAAUUGUGAAAAUUGGAAUCAUUAAAUCGGAAGACCUUCUGCAACAAGGGAAUCCUAAUUAUCACUGCUGUUCAUAACGUAGGGGUAAUAUUAUUUGAUAUUUGCCCUAAAUGGAUACAGUGGCCUACAGAGUGAAUGUGUGUGUAUGUAUAUGUGUGUGUUUGUGUACUUAUGUGAUUGCGUGUCUGGAGGGGGGCAGGUGAGCCCCUGUUCUACCAUUUUUGAUUUAUGAGGACUAAUAUUUCCCUGGAAAUUAAUUUAACUUCUGUGGCCUUUUCAAAGAGAGGUGGCCAUUUUAACCCUCUCACUGCGUUUUCAGUUCAGAUGGACAUUGUAAUGCAUCAUUGUCUGUUCAAAAGUGCCAUGCACACUGUUUGACGUUGGAAGUGUUGUCAACUUUGAUUUAAAGGAAUACAUGUACCAGACUACAAUUUUCUGUCUGACAGCUAUUUUCAAAACUGUAGGCCCAGGUCUAGUCUAACUGCAGUGGUCAUUGUCCUCACCACCAUUGCACAACUGAGGAAAUGUGGACAAACCACAUAUCAGCAUAAUGUACUGUAAAUAUCCACAUGCAUUUUGAGAACACAAACAAUAAGUAGAACAGCUUGCUCUUGGAAAACUGUCUGAAAGGCAUUUGGCAUUUUUCCUAUUGACAAAAUAGGGUGGGAAGGAAUUUGUGUUGGAUAUUGCGUCUGCAUUAUUUUUGUUAUAUUUAGAUUGUAAAUUUAUUUUCUUAUGCCACUGUGAGCACUUCAUGUGAAGAUGAUCCAAACCCACAUAAAAAUAAGUUUUGUGUUUUUCAGAGGAUUUCUGGUGCUUGUAUGUGAUGAUGCGAGAGUUUUGUUGAAGAUCUUAGAUUUAAGCAACAGUUUGAGCCAAAUUUGCUAGAUGCUUGAUGAAAUAGAGAUGGCUAAACAAUGAGUGAGCAGAUAGGGUUUAAAAUUCUGAGAAAAUGUAUAAAUAUUUUUUGAAUGUCUGAAAAAAUACAUUACCAAAUCUACCUUUUUUCUGU